AUGAUCAAGACAUUAAUGGUGUAUACUGUGACCACUGGGCUUCUAACCAGUCUUGUAGCCCUUGUUUUACUAAUAGUGGCAGUAGCACUUCCAAAAUCACCAGCAUAUCUUUCCGUACCUAACUGGCUUGAAAACGUGUACGUCAGUGCCCUGUUAGCCACUCUCAACCGUCGUGACGAGAUCAAGAAGGAAGCAAUGCCAAUGACAGGCGUCAUCACUUUGCCACUGGAAUCUCUAGGGACAAAUGCUACCAGUGAACAGGGAAUAGUUGUAAUGGGAUCAGAGGAUACAGGCACUUCAUACAAAUCUUGA